AUGUGCAGCAACAGCUAAACGUCGUGUCGGGUUUCUGGGGGCUCGUGCUAAAUUUAACCCUAUGAUCCUGCAGCAGGCAGAGGGGUUUAAAUGCCAGCCUACAGUUGCUCCACACCAGUUGUUCUCCACACAUCUUCCACUCAUCACAAACGCGAGCCAGGCCAGAAGACAGGCUCCCCCAACACUCCGACACACUUGCUCCCGGCGCCGGACCGACGACCACUUACAGUAGAGCAGCUCCGACGGACGCCAGGAUUUCUGUCCCCGUUCACCCAGACCACCAGCAUGGAGCUUUUCGAGACCAACCCCUAUUUCUUCCCCGACCAGCGCUUCUAUGAGGGAGGGGAGAACUACUUCCCCUCUCGCCUGCCCGGGGCUUACGACCAAACCGGCUACCAGGAUAGGAGCUCCAUGAUGGGCCUGUGUGGGAGUCUGUCGGGGGGCGUCGGCGCCGGGGUGGCGGCGGCCGAGGACAAGGCGUCUCCAUCCGGCCUGUCGCCUCACUCCGAGCCCCACUGCCCGGGCCAGUGCCUGCCCUGGGCCUGCAAGCUGUGCAAGAGGAAGACGGUGACCAUGGACCGGCGGCGGGCGGCCACGCUGAGGGAGAAGCGGCGCCUGAAGAAGGUGAACGAGGCCUUCGACGCGCUGAAGAGGAGCACCCUGAUGAACCCCAACCAGCGGCUGCCCAAGGUGGAGAUCCUGCGGAGCGCCAUCCAGUACAUCGAACGGCUGCAGGCCCUGGUGUCCUCCCUCAACCAGCAGGACACUGAGACGGGGCAGCAGGGACUGCACUACCGGCCCAGCCAGGCCCAGCCCAGAGUGUCGUCGUCCAGCGAGCCCAGCUCGGGCAGCACCUGCUGCAGCAGCCCCGAGUGGAGCAGCACGCCGGAGCAGUGCACGCAGGGCUACGGCGGCGAGGAUCUGCUGGGCGCCGACUCCCCGGAGCAGGGCAACAUGCGCGCGCUGACCUCCAUCGUGGACAGCAUCUCCGAAGCAGACGGAGCCUUUGCUGUGGACAUUCCCAAGUAGAACCCGCCACGCGCACGGGACUCAUAGAUGACCAGAGAUCCACAGGCAGUUGGCGGUAUCGCAAUUAGGGAUGGCGGGUGCAACUCGAGUGUGGUUCCUUUUCCGAUCUCAGUGUUCUGUAAUAGAUUCAGUCCAGCUUGUGAUCGAUCUCUGUAACUCUGCUGAUCCGUGGGUUUGUCAAGCGAUUCCUUUCGUUCACCGUGAGGCCUUAUUCCCCGUCUUAUGUCGUGGUCCAGACCUGUCAGGUCCACAAGGUCUGGGUCUAACUACAGAAGCUUUACUGCAUGAACCCAGUUGCUAGAAUCAGUCUAGUUAGGCCAGAGCCACAAAAGAGUGACACCUUGUUUUAAUCCUUACUUAAUUGACCGUUUCCCGUGACUUUCCUUCUAUUUGUGUGUGUUUUGUGUUUUUUAUGCUUAAAAACAUGAGUUUAUUUGUGGGGCCAAUAUGUACCAUGGCAGUUUUGACCAAGAUCUGCUUAAUUUAAAGUGAUUAUCAAUGCUAGUGAUGUAAAUACGUUCCCUUUUUCUACAGAGUGGUUUUGCCAUUUUAUUUUUUAUUUUGUGCUAACUUAUUUUUGACUUUUAUAACUAAGAUUGUUGUGUACUUGUAGAUGUUCCAAAAGGUGACAUUUGUCCAGUUCUAGCAAUAAAGACCAUUUUCAAUA